UGCGUAAAGCGCGUCUUCUUGUAUCAUUGGCAACAUCACUGAAUGAGGAAGAGACACAAUAAUAAUAAUAAUAAUAAUAAUAAUAAUAAUAAUAAUAAUAAUAAUAAUAAUAAAGAAAGACAGAAAGAGAUGUUUAAUAGUGUUUAAUGAUAGUGUUUAGAUCUGUAAAAUAUCUGGACAUUAAAACUUUCCGCUGUUUGUUUUUAAAACUUGAAUAAAUCUCCAGCAAGAUGACGUCAUGUUCUAGAAGUUCAGACCAUCAGACCAUCGAUAGUUAGAGACAGAGCAACAGUGAACAGCGAUUAGCAGCAAUUUUACAAGAAUUACAACAAAAGGAAGCAGGUGUAUGUGAGAUUGGCCCUGCGAAAAGGAGAACGCCAGGCACAGCUUGCCCAUCAGAAGGAUCAGAAUAUGUUUGAUGACCCAGCCAUCACCACAGCUUCCUCUGAGGACACCAGCCAAGCCGUCUUUGCCAUUAAGACAGCUCCUUCUGAGGACUCCGUCUCAGUUUUUGAGACAGCUCCCCCUGAGGACAUCGUCCCAGACUUUAAAACAGCUCCAGCUAUAGAAAGAGCUCCAGCUGAAGCUCCAGCUGCUGCACUGUCAGACACUGUUAAAGCCAAAGCUGCAGAUGAGGAGUCGUCUACAUCUGUGGCUAAUGUGGAUGAUGUGCAGCUGGACGACAGCACAAAAGAUGCACCCACAUCUACACCAAGUGGGAAACGCUUGACCAUCUAUAUGCUGGAGUCUGCAGCACUAGACGAUCAGAUACAGAUGGCCUAUGACUACAUGCUUCCUCUGGUCGAGAAAAUCCACCCCUCUCUGGCCAGUAAGAUCACAUGGAUGCUAAUAGAGGGAGAGAACAACUUUGAAAUCAUGAAUAUGAUUAGUGUUCCUGAGCUCCUGCGUGCCAGGGUACAUGAAAUGGACUCUCUACUGAAGGCACGAGAAUCUGGUCACAAGCCGGAAACCCUGAAGAUGAUGUACAGACACAAGACCAGCAGAAACAGGAAGAAGAAAAAUAAUAAGAAUAAGUGAACUAUCUAAUAAACAAUGAUUGUAAAUAUUCUACCAUUUGAAUAAAAAAUAAAUCAUUUUAUUAAA